AUGACAGCUCUUCAUUACGCAGCAAGAAAUGAUUGCUCAAAAGCAGCAGAAAUUCUCCUUGCACAUGGCGCAGAUAUUAAUGCAAAGGAUGAUAAUGGAAUGGCCGCUCUUCAUCAUGCGGCAGAGAGAAAUUCUAAAUCAAUAGUAAAUAUUCUCAUUUUGAAUGGAAUAGAUGUCAAUAUGAAAAGUAAUUCUGGAAGAGUUGCACUUCAUUUAGCAGCUCAAUCUAAUAAUAAAGCAAUAACAACCUAUCUUAUAUCACAUGGAGCCAAUAUCAAUGAAAAAGAUAUUGACGGACGAAAUGCGGUUCAUUUAGCAACAGAAAGUAACUAUAAGGCAAUUGUAAAAACUCUAAUAUCACUUGGUGCUGACAUUAAAGCAACAGAUAAUAAUGGGAUGACUGCCCUUCACAUUGCAGCAGAAAAAAAUAUUAAAGAAAUGGCUGAUACACUACUUUCACUCGGUGCGGACAUUAAUGCAACAAAUAAUGAUGGAAUGACCGCUCUUCACAUUUCUGCGAUGACCAACUAUAGCAAAAAGGUAUUAGAAACACUUCUUUUCCAUGGCGCAGAUAUCAAUAAAAAAGAUAAUAAAGGCAACACAGCUCUUCGAUUGGCAUCAAAAUUCGGUAAAAAAGGAGCAGUCAAAAUACUUAAAGCACAUGGAGCAACUAACUGA